GUCUGGAUUGAUGCGGCUAAACAAAUAUUCUACUCUAUAGGGGCUGGAUUUGGAGUCCAUGUUGCUUUUUCAAGCUACAAUCAGUUUCACAACAACUGCUAUUUUGACGCUAUGUUAACGAGUAGUAUCAAUUGCAUGACCAGCUUCUUGUCUGGUUUUGUCAUAUUUUCUUACCUCGGGUACAUGUCAGAAAAACAACAGCGACCUAUAGACCAAGUUGCUACUGACGGUCCUGGGCUUGUCUUCGAGGUGUAUCCUGAGGCCAUUUCAACCCUUCCGGGAUCCACAGCAUGGUCAAUCAUCUUCUACAUUAUGCUCAUCACGCUUGGCUUAGACAGUUCGGUAGGUGAUAUUCCAUAGCCUUAAUAAUCAUAAUCAUUGUCAUAGUCAUAAUAGUCAUACUCAAUUCAAUCAUAAUUAUAAUAGGUAUAUAAUACUGACAGCAUCCUAUUAUUGAUAUAGAAUUUAAUUUAUGUCGUACUAGCUGGAAUAGACAUGAUAUUCUGGAUAAACCAUUAAACCCCCGACAUGGCCAGGUCAUUUCCGAUUACGUUCGACUAACUGAACUAGCAUAAAAAUUAAAGACACUUAAACAAGGAUAAUGCACCAUUUUGUAGGAAAUAUUGA